AAGCCCGGCAGAGGCGUUCAAAGUACCAUGUUGUCAAGUCACUCCGGGAGUAAAAUUGAAAAUAUGAAAACGUGCCAAAAAAGUGUUUAAAACCCAAGCAAAAGUAGUUUUGUGUACAAAAGUAUGUUACUGUCGGUACCAAGGACAAUAGUGCAUGUGCUCCAGUGAGUGCACAAUAAUGCCAAUUGUGGGAAAAUCAGCAAAAUUCUCACACACUCUCUCUCACCAUUGAAUUUUUAUCGGGAAAGAAGGAGGAAACAUCAUUCAGUGCGACACCCAAAAACGAAAUUUUCACAUAGAGAUAAUUCCAAGUUCAUUCAUCAAUUUUCCACCCACUGGAUACACCCAUAUCAUCCUGCAACAUGGAAUCAAACGCUGUUCAGCAAUUUAUUGAUGCCGUGAGCAGUCGCAAAGCAGUUUCACCGGCCACGGCUAUAAAAUUUCUUCUGGCUCGCAAAUUUGACGUGCCACGAGCUGUUGCUCUCUAUGAACAACAUGAAUUAAUUCGUCAAAAGGAGGGCCUCUACAGUUUCGAUCCAAUGUGCGAUCCACUGAGGAGUGAACUGGAGACGGGAAAAUUCACCAUUUUGCCCCAGCGAGAUGCAACAGGUGCUGCCAUUGCACUCUUCACAGCUAAUCUUCACUACCCACUGACUGUGACCCACAAAACCACCCUUCAAGGCGUCGUGUACCAAUUGGAUGUAGCCCUUCAGAAUGCCGAUACCCAGAAAGCCGGCCUAGUAUUUAUCUACGACAUGAGUGGAUCGAAAUAUUCCAAUUUUGACUAUGAUCUAUCUCAGAAGAUUCUAACUCUGCUGAAGGGUGGCUAUCCGGCGCGCCUCAAGAAAGUGCUAAUUGUAACUGCACCACUGUGGUUCAAGGCCCCCUUCAAGAUUUUGCGACUGUUCGUGCGUGAGAAGCUGCGAGAGCGCGUGUUCACUGUGUCCAUACCCCAGCUGAGUCUGCACAUCCCUCGAGAAUCCCUACCGACACGCCUCGGUGGCACGCUCAGCAUUGAUCAUUCCACAUGGUUGUUGCACUGCUUCAAGACAUCGAUGACGAAUCGUGAGGACGAACUUCUGGCAAACAACAUUGGACAGACGCCAAUUGGUGGUCAACAGCCACAGCAGCACAAUUCCACCUCGGACCUCACGACAAUCACCAGCACCACAUGCGGUCAGAGUCCAAAUCAGAAUGAACCACAGGGCAUCGUGAGUGACGGAGCCACGGGCCAGAUCAGUGAACUCUGGUCAGAAAAUCCACCCAGUAGCGCCUCUUCGGGCUUCAGCGAUGACGACAGCCUAGCCGGCACCGAAGGAGACGCCAAGACGAUAGAACAAAUUGUACAAAUGGUGAGGGAACGUGGACGUCAGGGACUGGUACAGGAGUACCUGGACAUCCGAUCCAGAGCCCCCGAGGGCACCUUCACAAAUGCCCGUCUGAGAAAUAACCUAGCCAAGAAUCGCUACACCGAUGUCCUCUGUUACGAUCACAGUCGUGUCGUGCUGUCGCAGGAAGAGGAGGAAGAUCCCUCCUCGGACUACAUCAAUGCCAAUUUUGUAGAUGGGUAUCGACAAAAGAAUGCCUACAUCUCAACACAGGGUCCACUCCCCAAGACAGCCAGUGACUUCUGGCGAAUGGUAUGGGAGCAGCACUGUCUUGUGAUUGUGAUGACGACGCGUGUUAUGGAACGCGGACGCAUCAAAUGUGGACAAUACUGGGACACAGCGGAGGGGAACGCCAAUGAAUUUGGACUAUUUAGGAUUCGAACAGUAUCUGUAGAUACAAAGGAGGAUUACACAGUAGCAUCACUAGAGCUUACCAACACAAAGACUGAAGAAACGAGAAACGUAUCACAUUGGCAAUUCACAAGUUGGCCGGAUUAUGGCGUCCCUGCAUCCGCCAUGGCGAUGCUCAAUUUCCUGCAACGUGUCCGGGAGCAGCAAGCCAAAAUGGUGAAAGCUCUGGGAGACACAUGGGCUGGUCAUCCGCGUGGUCCACCGAUUGUUGUUCACUGCAGUGCCGGUAUUGGACGCACUGGCACUUUUAUCACUCUGGACAUUUGCAUAUCGCGCCUGGAGGACUUAGGUUCGGCCGACAUACGAGGCACUGUGGAGAAAAUCCGCUCUCAACGUGCAUAUUCAAUCCAGAUGCCAGAUCAGUAUGUCUUUUGCCAUUUGGCCCUGAUUGAGUAUGCUCUGUCGAGAGGGAUGCUCCAAUCGGCCGAUUUGGCGGGCUUCGAUGAUCGCGACGAGGAGUCUGAGUAGAGAGUGUGACAUUGUUUAGGACUAUCGUUGUUUUUAUACUUUUUAAGAGAAAAUGAUCGUUUUUUUUAGGCAUUCUCAAGAAUCACUGAAUCAUCUUUUUUCUUUCUAUCCCUCCUCCUCAUUUAACAUUAUUUUCUUUUCCUUUCUUGAACAUCGAAAAGAUUAUAUAUAUAUAGUUUUGUUAGCUAAAAUGAAUAAAUAACGUAAUAAUUACCUCUUAUAAACAUGAGAGAGUCUUUUAUGAGAAUAUUUCUUGACUCAUCACUCUAUUUUUUUUCUUAUUUCUCCGUUGUACGAGGGAGAGAGAACAACACAUAUUUAUUCACAUUACUCAGUCUCCGGACCAAGAUAGGCAAAAAAUAAAAUGAAAAGUUCUAAUAAAUCGUUCAAGAUAUAGAAGAGAGAUAUUUAAUCAAUUUUCUUAGAUAAAAUAUUGAAAAAAACAAAUUUGAUACACUGAAAAAAUUGUGGAAUUUAUCGGAUUUUUGUUUUUGAGCUUUUCUUGUACACAAGACACAUUUCGUCGCUAUGAAUGGGCCUAAAAAAAACAGAGUUACCAAGAUAAAUCAUUAUCCUUGUUCCAUUCUCAUCUCGGCUGCUUUUAUGGCAGAAAAAAUAUGUUUUUUUUUCUUUAGGGAAGUAUUGAGUUCUAAUAGAAACAAUUUUGUAAGGAAUAAGAAAAGAGGAAACGAAAAAAAGUAAAUUUUGAUAUUUUCCGUUCAAAUUGAACUUUUUUACCUGACAAAACCGUCCUACAAUUUUUCUUCUAAGUUUUGUCAUUCACAGUUUAAUCAUCCUUUGCAACGAGCAAAUAUUUCUGCAUUUCUCCCCUAGAAAUAAUAAAUAUUCCACGGAUUUUUAAAUGGCAUUACUGGAAAUAUUAACUGAAACUGAACUGAACCAGUUUCAUUUCCGAAUUCUAAACUGUUAAAUCCGAAUUCUAAACACUUCAAAGAUUUUGACAGCUUCGAAUGAAAUUACUGGAAUUUUGACAUUUUUCGUAAUACUUCGAAAACUUUUGACAGUUCUCAAUAAGAUGUCAGAUUGUUUCUCAAAAUUGACAGAUUUUACAAAAACCUUUAUUUGUUUGACUGUAAAUGAGGCUGACAGUGGCUGUCAAAUUCCGCCAAGUUUAGAAAACCAAUUUCCACAGUUUAGAAUUUCGAAACCGAUCAGUACAUUAAUUCCUCAAAUCUGUGGAACGAACAAAAUCAUUCUUAAAUGUCAACUUACAAUUUUAUAAGGUGAGAAAAAUCGAAAGAAAAAAAACUAUAGAUAAACUUGAAUGAAAAUAAAAUUACGAUUUCAGUAGAAAAUUCGCAUUAGAAACCGUCUUUAGAACGCUAGAAAAACAAAAAAAAAGAAGAAAAAUUAACAAAUUGUAAUUUUUAUAGUGAAAAUUUUUACAUGGAAACAAAUGAAAAAAUUUCUCUCUUCGAAUUCUAGCAUAUUUUUCUGGAACAUUAAAAAAUAUAACAAUUAAAAACAAUUCAAAAAGUAUUUACUUUGUACAUAUAGUGAAAUUGCUAAGAAUUCCAGAAUAUUGUGUGAAAGAAAACAUUAAAAAAAAAAACCUUCAAAAAAUGAAGUGUAUCAAGUUGUCACUAAAAUUAAUCUUAAAAAAACCAACAAUUAAUAAUAAAUACAAUUAAACAGUGAAAAAGAAAGUGACAUGAACAAAGGCGCAAGAAAACUAGAAAUCAUUUUUUAGUAAUACUAGAUAAUAAGAAAAAUUAAAAGAUGAUGAAAAUUAUGAAUAAAACAAAAACAGUGUAAUUUAAGUGAUUUGUAAUAACAAAAACAACAAAUAAGAAAAAAAAGAUGAAAAAAUUAAAUAUUGAAUUAUUUAUUACUCUAAAUCAAAUAUUAAAAAGAAGAAAAAAAGAAAAAUAGCAUUAAUAAGAAAGUAAAUAAAAUUUACCUUCAUAUCCCAAACAAAUUAACUCCUCUUUUUGUAUAGAAUAGAACAAAAAAAGAAAAAAAACAAAACACCCGUACUGAAAAAUAUUACAAAAAUUAUAUUGAAAAAUUUCCACAAAAAAACCGCAUAAAAAUACAAAUAAAGUAUCAGUUGUUUUGCAACUUCUACCGUGAGAAAUUCUGUUCUCCCCCCCCUUCUUUGUUUUUUGUACAUCGCCUGCAACAUUUUCCAUCAUCACUUUUGUUAAACUGACUUCUUUUGUGAUAAGAUGUUCAAAUUUUUGUUGUCAGAGAAAAUGAUGAUUAAGUAGAUAAAUCUUCCUUAAGGCAUUCUUUACGUAACAACACAUUUAUAAAGAACAUUAAUAAAAUAGAACUGAUAGAAGCAUUAAAAAAAAGUGAGUAACAAAUCCAUUUUCUCAGAAUUUUCAUCAAAAAUUUUAAUAAUAAACACAAAUUGAAUGUGGAAAAAAAGUAUUUUCAAGCAGUCUUUUUCAUGCGCCACCAAAACAGUCCGAAAAAAUUGUGUUAUAAACAAAUUUAAAAAAAAAAACAUUGUAAAAGAAUGUCUCAAAUAUUUAAAAAUAAAUAAAUGUAAUUCUCCAUAGUGUUGUAAACGGAUUCAAGAAAUAUAAUUAAUGCAAACAUAA